AUGUCCUUCCUUCUCAGAAAGCUCGUCCACAAUGAGGCGAUGCGAACAGACCCACGUGAGAUAUACGGGUGGAGGGUGUAUGCAUUGGCUUGCUCGGCAUGUUUCGGCGGCAUGUUGUUUGGCGUGGAAACUGGAAUCAUCGGCGGUGUCCUCACAAUGGACACGUUCAAAGCAAAAUACGGGUUGAAUGAGUUGGGUGACACGGGAAGAGCUAAUCUUUCCGCCAACAUCGUGUCAACCCUUCAAGCUGGAUGUUUCUUUGGUGCUCUCGCAGCGUCUUGGGUGGCUGAUAAAUAUGGAAGACGGCUUGGCCUGAUCGCCGCUUCUUUUGUAGCGCUCGUGGGAGUCAUCAUGCAAGUUGCGGCGAGCGGUCACCUGGAAGCUAUGUAUAUUGGACGCCUGCUCUGUGGUAUAGGUGUCGGCUUCGCGUCUAUGGUCAAUCCACUCUAUGUCUCGGAAAAUGCCCCUCGAGCCAUCCGUGGUGGUCUCACAGGUCUAUACCAACUGUUCAUUACAAUGGGAAUUAUGCUUGCUUUUUGGAUCAAUUACGGCUCCCUGCUUCACAUCUCCGGCGCAGGUCAGUACCUCGUCCCGCUAGCCAUGCAAGGUCUUCCGGCAAUCCUCCUCCUCGUCGGCAUGCUCCUCUGCAAUGAAUCCCCUCGGUGGCUAGCCAAGCAAGACCGCUGGGAAGAAGCACGCGCAACACUAUCCCGCGUCCGCAACCUCCCAUCGACUCACCCCUACGUCGAGAACGAAUUUCAAGACAUCGUCCGCCAGCUCGAAUUCGAACGCCAGCUCAUCAGCGGCUCUAGCUUCGUCGACCUCCUCAAGGAAAUGUGGUUCAUCCCCGGAAACCGCAAGCGAGCUCUCAUCAGCAUCUGGCUCAUGAUCUGCCAACAGAUGACAGGAACUAAUGCAAUCAACUACUACGCUCCCCAGAUCUUUGAGAACCUCGGAAUCACCGGCAGUGCCAACGGCCUCUUCGCCACAGGCGUGUACGGCAUUGUCAAGGUCGUCGGUUGCGCGUGCUUCCUCGUCUUCGUCGCUGACUCUCUUGGCCGUCGCCGUUCCCUCCUCUGGACGUCCAUCGCCCAAGGCCUCGCAAUGCUCUAUAUCGGGUUAUAUGUUCGCAUUGCACCCCCCAAAGAGGGUGAGCCCGUUAUUCCUGCUGGCUACUUUGCACUCGUCUGCAUCUUCCUCUUCGCCGCAUUCUUCCAGUUCGGCUGGGGCCCUGUUUGCUGGAUCUAUGUCUCUGAGAUCCCGACAACGCGGCUCCGCAGUUUGAAUGUUUCCUUUGCUGCUGCCACACAGUGGCUGUUCAACUUUGUUGUUGCGCGCGCUGUGCCUAACAUGCUGGCUACCGUGGGUGCCAAUGGUUAUGGGGCGUAUAUCAUAUUUGCUUGCUUCUGUUUCUCCAUGUUUGUCUUCGUUUGGUUCUUCGUCCCGGAGACAAAGGGUCUCUCUCUCGAGAAGAUGGACGACCUCUUUGGCAUCAGCCAUGGCAGCACAAAGGAGAGCGCCGAUGAGAGCCCUGCCGAGAAGCAAGAGGAGAUUCGCAUUGAGAAGACGGCCUAG